CGGCUAUAAAAAUAUUGAUUCCUAUAUUCAAACGAUUAGGUGAUAAUCGGGUGCAGAGAUAUACAAAAGGGCGAAAAUGCGGCCCAAGAUAUUAGGAUUAAAAAUCCAAACGCAGACAUAAUUGUCAUGAAAUUGGAUUUAUCUUCACUUUCAUCGGUCCGACACUUUGCUAAAUCAGUGGCAAAACAGGUGACCAAAGUUGAUAUCCUUAUAAACAACGCCGGAGUUAUGAUGUGUCCGGAGUUGACUACAGACGAAGGCUUUGAACUUCAAUUAGUGUCCAAUUAUUUGGGAAAAAUACAUUUCGAUAAUAUAAACCUCAAGAAUGGUGUUUACAGACCAAUGAAAGCCUACAGUCAAAGCAAAUUGGCUAUCAUUUUGAGCACUCAAGAAAUGUCCCGUAGAUUAGGUACCGACAGCUCUGUCACUGUCUAUAGUCUUCAUCCGGGAGUCAUUCAGACAGAGAUUACCCGACACUUCCCAUUAUAUUUAUAUCUAUUCCUUAAACCCUUUAUGGUAUCCAUUGAAACGGGAACUCAAACAACACUUUAUUGUGCGCUCGAAGAGAGUAUUCAAAAUGAGUCCGGAUUUUAUUACGAAAACUGUCAACGACUCGAUAAUAUGGUUUCGCAGGCAAUCGACGCCAAAAGUGCACAAAAACUAUGGGACUUGAUAGUACUCAUUACCGGAGGAAACACAGGACUCGGCAAAGAGACCGCAUAUCAGAUGUCAUUACUCGGAGCUAAGGUCAUAAUCGGGUGCAGAGAUGUCCAAAAAGGCGAAACAGCGGCUCAAUAUGUAAAAAUCAAGAAUCCAAAGGCGAAUGUAAUUGUUAUGAAACUGGAUUUGUCGUCACUUUCAUCGGUCAGGAGUUUUGCCAAAACUGUGGCUCAAAACGAGUCCAAAAUCGAUAUUCUGGUCAAUAAUGCGGGUGUUAUGGGAUGUCCUGAGUCUAAGACUGACGAUGGGUUUGAAUUGCAAUUCGGGACAAAUCAUUUAGGUCACUUUCUGUUGACGCUGUCAUUACUGCCAUUACUACGAGAGGCACCGAAAGCCCGAAUAGUGACCGUUUCGGCCGCUCUUCACAUUUACGGCAAAAUACAUUUCGAGAACAUAAACCUACGGAACGGGGCCUACAAUCCACUCCUGGGUUACACUCAAAGCAAAUUGGCUAACAUUUUGUUCACUCAAGAACUCGCCCGAAGACUCGGAUCUAAUAGCACUGUCACUGCCUAUAGUCUACACCCGGGGGUCAUAAUGACUGAAUUGCAGCGCAAUUUGUCAAAUAUUUUGCGAUAUUUUCUCAGCUAUUUUGUGGUCUCCACCGAAAUGGGAGUCCAAACCACUCUGUAUUGCGCCCUCGAAGAUAACAUUGAAAAUGAAUCAGGGUCUUAUUAUGAACUUGAUGGACGGGUAGUUGUGAUAACCGGUGCCAACACUGGGAUCGGCAAACAAACAGCACUCGAGCUCUCUCUUCGCGGACCUAAGAUAAUCAUCGGUUGUCGAGAUGUGGAGAAAGGCGAGAGAGCCGUUCAGGAGAUCCAACUGAAGAAUCCCAAAGCAAACAUAGUUGUCAUGAAAUUGGAUUUGGCAUCACUUUCAUCGGUCCGACACUUCGCCCAAUCGGUGGCAAAACAGGAGACCAAAGUUGAUAUCCUU